AAUGGCUCAAAAAGUAAAGCCAGCUGCUCCUAAAAAUAAUUUGCAACAACCGCUCCCACCACAACAACCUCAACAGCAACAAAUAAUUCAACAACAGGAAAUGCUUCCCAUUUCGGCGCAGCCACAAGUCCGACCACCUUUGGAGGAACGACUGAAGGAAUUGUUACAACGAAUCCAACAAAGAGCGCCUUCUACUUCUGGCUCUACAAAUAAUUUGCAACAACAAUCUUCUACUUCAACACAGUCAACUUCAAGACAAAGUGGAUCAUUAUUAAAAAAUUUGGGAACCCUGGCUCUUAUUGUAUUAAUUAUUUGCUGCUUUUUUGGAUUAACAACUCAAGAAGUGACACGAACCAGAGUUCGAACACCUUCAGGCAGCAAAACAGUUUAUAAGAUAGAUUUAGAAGAAAAAAUAUAAUAAAUGAAAUAAAAAAUGGGGAACCCGUAUUUUGGUGCGCGACGCAGUCCAGCGCUCUGUGGAAAUUCCCUUCUAAAGAGGAAGCCACAUUUUGUAAUAAGGAUAA